AUGAGUGCUACAAGCGAAAUGGCCAGGCAGAAGCAGCUCUGGUGGCUGACAGUGAUGCAGCAGGCUGUGGUGGAUCAGCAUGGACAUGGCCGGCACGGGCACGAUGCUUCAACUCUGCUCGAGGAGCAGAGGCGAAGCUUGGAGAAGACCGCUGAUCGCCUAGGCGAUGAGAGCAUCAGCCAGAGCCCAUCUCAAACAAGCCCGGCUUCUGGCUUCGGGACACUCCAAGCCAACUGCGAAGCCUUUCAGGCGGACGCCACCUUGCAGGUGGAGGUCGCAGAGUUGCGAAAGAAGAUAACAGCGUUGGAAGCAGAUCGGUUUGAGCCACCAGAGCUGGAGGAGCUGCAGGUACUCUGCAGUACUCUGGAGUCCCAAAGGCGUGGAUUGGAGCAGGAAGUACAUCGUUUGCAUGGCAGCUCUGCAGAGCUUGAAGCCCGAUUGGCUUCGUCUGCCAAUGUCCAAGAAAAGCUUCAGAGCCUUGUGGGGGAGAGCAAGGUCUUGGAAGAAGACUUGGCGUUGGAGAGGGCCAACCACGCCCGGCUGGCGGCAGAGGCGGAAGGAGAGCGGGCCAAAACGGAAGAAUUGCGAAGGAGGCUGUCCGAACUAGAAGGUGAGAAUGCAGCACUUCUGAAGAUGGUGGGCUCCCAGCAGGAGAGCACAGGCCCAGAAGAAGAUCUGGCGGUCGAGAGUGCCAACCAUGCCCGGCUGAUGGCAGAGGCGGAAGAAGAGAAGGCCCACAAGGAAGAGUUGCGAAGGAGGCUGUCCGAACUAGAGGACGAGAAUGCAGCGCUUCUGAAGAUGAUGGGCUCUCAGCAGGCAGCUGCACAGAAGGCAAAAUGUGCACCGGAAGAAGCCGCGAAGACGCUUGAGUUGGAGCGCAAGUUGUCGGAGCUUGAGGACGAAAACUCAGCGUUGCUCAAAAUGAUGGGUUCGCAGCAGGCUGCUGUUCGCCAAGUCGCGGUCCUCACGGCCCAGAUAGACGAGCUGAAGAGCCAAAAGCAGCAACAGUUCGAGGCAGCGUCGGAUGGUCUUGCUGAGCAAUUAGCUGCAAGGGCAAUCCUCGAAGCUGAGGACGAGCUGCGAGACAAGGUCCCAGCCGGUCCUACGGACGAGGCCUUCGAACUCCAAGCGCUUCAGGCGCUGGUGAACAGACUUCAGACCGAGCGGGACUAUCUGGUGCAAAAAGACCGGAGCCAGCAGGCGGAGCUUGAAGAGCUGCGUAGACAGGCCUCGGCGAAGCUUCCAGAUGAGAUAAUGGAGUCGGAGUGGAAGUCUAGAUACGAGCGUUUGGAGGAACAGAUGAAAGCUGCAGACGCUGAUAUCGCAAACCUUCGACAGCAAGUCGCGAAGUCCGGAGAGCUGAGUUUUGAUGCCCACAGCAGGGACGAGAAUGUGGAGGAACAGGUUCCCGAUCUCAGGUCGCCGGAGGAGGCCGGGCAACACCGGCCAGGAGGCCAGCCUUGCAAAGACAAGAGCCUGGCAGAACCACCGGAGCUUUCGGGAGCGUUGCUCGCUGUUGACAGUCCUGGUGUUUAUGUGGUGUCACAGACCGUGGCUCUCACCGUUGGUCCCGAGAAAUCUUCAGCAAAGCUGCAAAACCUCAGUGUUGGGACGGUUGUCCAAGUCCUUGAGGUUGUGCACCAGCAGGAAGACAAAAGAGUUCGCGGGAGGGUUGAAGACCCAGCUGGGUGGAUCUCCAUCGUAGGCACGGAGGAUUCCAACCGCUGGGCCUCGAGGGACCUGCAGCGGAGCAACCGUUCCGCAUCUCUGCGAAGUGAGCAGUUGCUCUCACUGCAGAGAGAACUAGAUGCCUUGGAGACGGCCAUGGAGGAACAAAAAACUGCGGCCAGAAAGGAUGCCCAAAACUGCAAGGAGGAAGAAGAUAACUUCAGGGCCGCUGCAGCGGAAGACCUCAGCCGCUGUGAGCAGCAGCUGCGGGAGAAGAGCGAGCGAUGUCGGAACCUCGAGCUUGAGCUCAAGCAGGUAUCGUUGCAGCUGGAUGGGCCUGGGGUUUAUUUGCUCGCCAGCGACGUGGACGUCUCCGAGUCGUCGGGUCGGAGCUCCCAGAAGCUGGGCCGGCUGCUGGCCGGCGAGGAGGUCCACAUCCUUGAGGUGGUGCACCGUAAAGCAGAAAAGCGAGUCCGAGGUCGGGUAGCAGCCAAGUACAGUGGCUGGAUCUCGCUUAUGGAUACGGUUGAGGGGUAUCGCUGGGCACAUCGGCAGCUCUCAGCCACCAACGAGUGGAUCAGUGGGUUGCUCGAGAAGAGCACGCCCCUGGCUUGCGAGACGGAGCUCCGGGCUCGGUGCGCGGCCUUGGAGGCUGACGGAGACAUGAGAAGCACUGAAGCAGUAUGA